AGGUGAGCGAGUGAUGACAAAACAAAGAAGAAUGCAUACAUGUUUCUGAUAGCUUCUCAAAGUAGCUGUCAGCUCGCUUUUCAUUUAAGCAUAUGAGCUCCACUCCAAAAAUGCAGGCUAACGGAGGAGAGGAGAGGCCUGCGAUGGCAGGAGCUCCUUCAGCUGCUUUAACGCCAGUCUGGUCUUUGUUGGAAGAAGCGGGGCAAAUGAAGACGGAAGGGAACGCUUUCUAUCGGGAAAAAAACAUUCGUGCCGCUGUUGGCCGUUAUCACCGUGCCCUUUUGAUCCUUCGAAGCCUCGACUCUGAAAUGCCGUUGACUUUAAAAGGAUUUGGACCUGAGAGGCCAUCGCUCACAUCUGAACAAGAAACAUUCUUGAGAAACACCCAAGUGGACUGCUUCAACAAUUUAGCUGCCUGUUUGCUGCAGAAAGAGAGUGUGGACUAUGCUCGUGUCCAUGAGUACAGCAUGAAGGUGUUGGAGCAGCGGCCAGCUGAUGCCAAAGCACUGUACAGGGCCGGCGUGGCCACACUAGAGCUUGGAGAUGCACAGAAAGCCAAGCAGUACUUGACGCAGGCCUGCAUGCUGCAGCCUAACGAUGUCAACGUUAGGAAGUACCUGCAGAGGGUCGAAGAGAAGCUGAGCCAUGAGUUAGUCCGGGAGAAAGCCAUGUACCGAGGCAUGUUUACCUCCAGCACAAAGAGUUGCCCUGGAAAAUAGAACCACACGGAUGCAUCAAGCGAGGUAGUUUAUUACACUGUCUCCUCAUGAUGCCUCAGCCGAAACCAGAGACUUUGUUUGAGCUGAGUGGAUGGCAGACCAACUCAAGAAUGUUCUGAAAUGAAAGCCUGAACCAAUGAUGUCUUAUUUUUGAGGUACAGCAGUAAUUGGACACUACCAGUCCGAGACAUUCUCAGAGGAAAAAGUGUCCAAAUGUUUGACUUGUAAGUUGAUUUUAAACAAAAAAAUAAUGUUUCAUACGAAGAAUUGAGACAAGAUAUGGUGUUCCCUAGCAACAAGGAGAAUGCUUCUUGAACCCAAAAGAUCAAACACGGAGUUCACAGAUCUGACUCUGAAGGCGAAUGUCAACUGUGCAUUUUCAUCCAGAUUGUUCUGUUUCAUAAAUUCUAUUGGACUUAUCAACC